AGAGGAAGAAGGAACGGGGACGUGCGAUACGGACUUGAAGCUCGACUGCGUUUCGGUUCCUUCGUCGGUGCUCGUGCCGAAGCGAUUUUUGCCCGAAUCACCUUGCCGUUCGACCGGAUAUUCCGAUUCGACAGCGAUCUGUGCUGGCGAAUCCCGCGGCAGAGCUAGCAAUUUUCCUUUGACGAACCAGUUUUCUGAUUGGCAAUUUACACUUGGCGAAAUGUUCAAGAACACUUUCCAAUCCGGGUUUUUGUCCAUUCUAUACAGCCUCGGGAGCAAGCCCUUGCAGAUUUGGGAUAAAGAAGUUGUCAAUGGCCACGUAAAACGGCUGCAAGAUGAAGACAUUCAGUCGAAUGUCCUCGAGAUUGUCGGCUCGAAUGUUCAAUCCGCAUACAUCACAUGCCCUCCGGAUCCGGCUGCAACGCUUGGUAUUAAACUGCCGUUCUUGGUUGUGAUUGUGAAGAAUCUGAAGAAGUUCUUUACCUUUGAGAUUCAAGUGCUGGAUGACAAGAACGUGAGGCGGCGCUUCCGUGCUUCUAAUUUUCAAGCUGUGACUCGAGUAAAGCCAUAUAUUUGCACCAUGCCACUGAAGUUGGAUGAAGGAUGGAAUCAGAUCCAGUUGAAUCUCGCCGACCUCACCAGAAGAGCAUAUGGAACCAACUAUGUCGAGACACUGAGAGUGCAGGUACAUGCAAACUGCCGUAUACGGAGAAUCUAUUUCUCAGACCGCCUAUACUCAGAAGAGGAACUUCCACCGGAAUUUAAACUCUAUCUCCCCAUGCAGAAAAGUUAGGAACUUCGGGAGAAAGUUUCAGAUCAAUUACUUAAGACAAUGAGCGAGACUCGUCAGUCAUGUCGACCCAUUGGCAUCUAUAUCUUGAAGAUAAUUUAGGGUACUGCUACCAGACUCUCUGGCCUGUGCUCUUGAAUCUUGUAGUUUUCUUCAGGCAUCAUGCCGCUUUGUGUGUUUAGUCACGCGUCGAGAGGCCUGUUGUUGUUGAUAUAGGACUUUAAAUAUGCUGCUACGAUGGGUUGCCCCUUAAGGACCCAAGUGAUCGGUUUGCUCUGCUAAUUUCUUGAAAGUGAGAAGACUUUGAUUAGGUGAAUGGUUUGCUAAUAUCACGUCAGCAUGCUCUGUUGGAAAAAUAUUAGAUGAUAUGAAAAAUAAGAAAUCUUGAAAAUUUGUUAUCAA